AUGGCACCGCCCAAACGCGCCCUCUUCUCGCUCAAUCUCGACUCCAACGCCGACCAUAUCUACCAGCGAGUCGAAGACCACAACAAAGAAGGGACGGAUAAAGUCAAAGUCCUGGAAUCCAGCGGUCCAACGCACGGGAACACGAACUUGUCCUUCGUAACGAAACCUUUCGAAGAGGCGGUUAAUCGUACGGUUGAGGGAGUCAUCGAGGGAACUGGCAAAAAAGUCCAUAGUGCAGAGGGAGAAUUGACAUACGAUAUCAAUAAGUCCGAGCAGGAAACAAGUUCGGGAAGCAGGACUGUGAAGGUUCAUAAGAAAGGGAGAAAGAAGAUCGAGGAUAGUUACGAUACGAGCGAUCUAUAG